UUCUGGGCUAAUAAUCACAGGUGGCAUCAUUUUGACAUGCAUAUUUUCAACCAUAUGGUUUUAUGCUGACGGCUUUUUUUGUAAUAGCGGACAUGAUUGUCUGUCCCCUGAACUUAUCGCCAUUUUGCCUCAGCCUUGUUGUAUAAACGCUGCUAAUAACCCAAGUCAACGCCUGCAUAGAUUGAAGUACAUGUGAAAUUCUGAAUGCUGUUGCUGUUGUUGUGUUUGUUUUGACAAGAGGUCGGCUAAAGAAUUAUCUGACAAAAGAUGUAUCUAGCCACGAUGGCUUACAGCAAUAAGCUCAGGUUUGCAGCUGUUCUUCUCAUCGUUACUGUUGUGGCAGGAGAUCAGACGAGGACAUGUCAGCCGGAAGACUUUCAUUAUGAGUACACUGAAUGUGACAGCAAGGGAGGUCGAUGGAGGGUGUCUGUCCCCAAACCCGACUUCUGCAGUGGAGGUGCCCCCAAUCCCCCAGUGCGCGGAAAGGAUUGCUCCUUUACAUGUGAUUCAGGCCAGUUUCUGGAUAUCCAGGAUCAGGAAUGCCAUGCUUGUAAGCCUGGAACCUACUCCCUAGGAGGAGGAAUUCGUUAUGAUGACUGGACAUCAUUGCCCCAGGGGUUCUCUGUAGAGAGUGAGAGUCUUGGCAUGUCCUCACCUGGGGGAUGGGUCGGAGAUGACAAGCCUGACAACAAACAGACCAACUGCACUGAUGAAGGCUGGCGUCCAGAGGGGGAUUAUGUUGCUGUGUACAGUGGACCUUGUUCCAGUUAUCUUGUUUACUCAGCAACACUUGUGAAACCUGGAAGUGUGGUCUUUGAAUACCAGUUCAAUGAUGCAACAACAUUUUUUCAUUUUGUAGCUCAGAAUGACAAGUGCCAAGGUGCCCAUGAAAAUGAAUCUUCAAAGUGGCCAUCAGUUUGUAAGAAGGGAGAAUGGAAAACAGUCCGAGUACCAUUGAAGACAGGAGUGAAUGUUCUGUACUGGAAACGAGUCAACUUCGGUGGAAUCAACCAUGGACCUAUCUUUGUACGAAACAUUGAGAUUGAAGGUGUGGCAUACACCUCACAGUGUUCUACCUGUAAGGAAGGUACCUACAGCAGUGAAGGCGCCACAACCUGCACGCCAUGUGAUGCCAACACUUAUUCCCAGAGAGGAGCUAUCAGCUGCACACCCUGUAACUCUGCAACAGAAUACUCCAGAAAGGGUGCAGCUAGGUGUGAAGCUCGACCAGCCUGUACUGCUUCAGACUACUAUGAGUACCAUACCCCGUGUGAUGACACCCAAAAGACCAAGAUAAGUUACAAAUGGAUUCAGCCACAGAUCUGCAGAACAGACUUGCCCAACUCGGUUCAGCUGCCAGCAGAAGGACCUCCUACAGACUGCCCUCCCUGUAAUCCUGGUAUGCAGAUGAUUGAAAACAAAGGAUGCCAAUUUUGCCCACCCAAUCAAUUUUCUGAAGGGGCAUUGCCUUGUAAACCUUGUCCAGGGAGCACCUCUCCAAACAAUGGCUAUUACUACCAGUGGUGGAACACAAUGCCUCCAAACAUCACAACUGCCUGCUUCACACUGUCAGAUGACGGGUGUGAGGUGGAGGAUGGCUGGAUCCCAGCUGGAGAUCACGUCCAUACUGGCCAGGCUAAGGUCCCAGACUCCUACUUCAUACUCAACGUAAAUGUUGGCCAGUUCCGGUCCAAGGCUAUAAAGCAGGAAGGGGGGAAAGCAGUCUACGGAGAAGUAACUUUUGUCUUUGAAAUGAACUGUACAGGAAAGUGCGCCCUUAGUUUUGCUCAGGAGUCAGCUGAUGCCGUUUUGCUACAGAGCUGGGAGGGAACCCAAAAGAGACAAGAAUACAAGCACAGGGUGACUGAGUUAAACGACUACGCUUUUUCCUUUGCCUUCCGUCCUGGGCAGAGCCAUAAGGACCUCGGGAGAAACAACUUUGCUAAGAUAUAUUCCAUUGAGGUGACAAACAUCGGGGACAAUCAGGGCGGAGCUAGAUCCUGUCAGUCUUGCCCAAGAGGAGUCCAAGACAACGGAUGUAUCCCCUGUCCCGAUGGCCACUUUGUUGACCCUAACACCACAAAGUGCACGCCCUGCCCGCAAGGAACCGUUGUCCUUGGUGACAGCUUCUGGGGAAAGAAAUCUUGCCAGACAUGUGGAUCAGGACUCCAGCCAUUCAAUGGGAAUAAGUGUGCCUCAGACUGCAAAUUCACAAAUGCUGCUGGACGGGAGUUUGAUUUCACAGAACUAGGAAAAUACAGCCAUUACAUAGAUGGUACAAGGCUCUUCACCUCUAGUGGCACAAAAUAUGUUCAUGGGUUCAACAUCAGUCUCUGUGCUGGUCAUGAUGCCUUUCCACAGGCAACUUGUGUCAACAAUGUUACCUUUGAGGAGGCGGAAAAUGGUCUUGGAUUAUCUAUUUUCCAAAGCCCAAAUGAGGUAAAGGGUGCUGUCUGUCGGUCAACAAUGAUACCUGCUCGUAUGAAUCACAACAUGGUCCUUUCAACACAGCCAGCCAGUCUGGGAGAUUAUCUGCAGAAGAUUGUGACCAAUGCCAGCCUUACGGAGAUGUACUCAGAGGAAGGCUUCAGUGUUGAAGGCAUUGAAGAAGACAUCCAUUUCUACUAUCGUUCGGACAGUUCUACCGCAGCUUGUAAGGAAGGUCGUACCACCAUCAUCUCUCUGCGGUGUGACAACAAAGAGGAUGGUAAUGGCACAAUUGACUUGCCCCCCAAAUGCUCCGAUGGAACCUGUGACGGAUGUAAUUUCCACUUCUUGUGGCGCACUCAGCAUGCUUGUCCAAUCUGCAAACCAGAGGAUUACGAAGUGAUUGUCGGGGAAUGUAUUCGAGGCACACAGAUGCUGCAUUAUGUGCCUCCCAAACAUUGUGUUCUCCAAGAAGAAAACAAACCUGCUAUUAAGGAAAGGAAAUGUUCCAUGCUGCCAUUUGCUGUUGAGAUUGGAAUCUUGGCAGGGAUUGGUGUUGGCAUCAUCAUGUGUGGAUGCCUUGUCUACUGUUGGAAGAAAAACAGAAAACUGGAGUACAAGUACAUGAAGCUUGUCGGUCAAGAGAAUUCUACAGGGAAGUAUGGUGAGAUGGAGCUUCCAGGUGUUGACUCAUGUGGUCUGGAUGAAGGGGAGGAAGAACAGUUUGAUGCAGUGCACUUCAAGGAGAGCAAGGGGAAACAACUCUUCAACAAACUGAAAUUAAAGAUUGGAGGAAAGUAUCCAGUGGAAGAUUUUUCUGAUGAUGACAAUCCAUUUGAAAGCAUCGCUCUGUCAGAAAAGCAAUCACUGACUUAGAGUGACAGUGUUGAUGAAUGGAACAACUUGAAAACUGGAAAAUAUUGUCGACAAACAAAAUGAAAAUUUUUGCGUGUGCCUGAAUGUGUGAUAUUUGGUAGAGCCAAAUACAUUGUCUCUCUCAUUUGGUUUCUCAUUCCUCUAGUGGAAUGCAAUCACUCUGUUGUCCUCUAGGUUUUCUGCCGGAGCAGUGUAUGUAAAUAGAUAGCUGUCGUCAGCACAGGGCUUUGGUGUUUUACUGUGGAAGGAACACAGUCAUUCAGUUUUUAAAACCCUUUCAUGAACCAAAAUGAAUGCCCCAAUAUAUGUACAUGUACCUUAUGUUUUGAAUGUUGAAAAUAAUUUGGUCAUAUAUUGGUGUAAGUGGCUCUGCUCUUUGGAAGGUAAAGUGCGAUGUGGAGCUUUUUGGCAUGAUGGAUAUGCUGUUUCACAGUAUGAAAUUUUUAGAAUUCUUUCAAAUCAAUAUAUUAUAAAUGCCAGGGGUAAUGUGUCUACCCAUGAUAGAGAGCCCUGUUUUUUGGUGUGAAAUAUGUGCCAGACUUUAUGCGAUGAUUCAUCACUCUUAAUGUCUGUAACAUUUGAACAUGAAGGAUGAUACAGGUAGUAUCAAUAUGGCACACAAUGCCUUGUGAGAUGUUGAUUUAUAUCAAAGAUAAUGUGUUGUGAUAAGCUUAUAGUGAAAAUAUUAAUCUUCCUAGCACACAUCACAACUCUCACUGCUCUUCUUGCUCGAACAGACCAGAGUGAAAUACAUGAACAGUGUGUGUUACUGCAUAGGUAUAGUCUCACCUACAUAAUGUUGCAAAAGAUCUGUUUGAGUCUAGAACGAAUUUCCAGGGAAUGAUUACAGUAUAAUCAGAUACUGAAAGAUUUGACAUUGUUCGCAUUUUAGGGGGCCUGGAUGCUUUGUUGAAACUGAGAGUAUGUGUUGUCUUUGGUGGUUUAUAUUUGUGGAGUGUUAGCAUUCUGUUGUGGAUGUGAGGUGAGAGAAUAGUAGAAACAUUUUAGAUAUACUGGUAAAGCAUUUUAUUUGAAGGAGAGGAUUGAUAAACAGAAUUUAUCGAGGAUAAAAAGGAAAGAAAAACUGGAAAACGAAAAUGAAAACUGAAGUGAGAUUGUAUAUAUCAUGUCAUUGCAAACAAUGUGCCAGUGCUUGCACUUAAUUUUAUGUUUACUAUUACAUAUUUUUUUUUUUUGUUUAAUGAUGGUAAGCACUCUGUGUCUUUACAAGAGAAUUUUAUGGUAAUCGGGUGUAAGUUUUAUACUCUGUAAUCUCAACACGGUGCCUUUUAUAUAGUCAUGAGGUCUGUUUGCAAGACUAUUUAUUUUUCAUGGACUGUCGGUUGAUUAACUGUGGAGAAGAUGCUUUCACUUUGUGAUAUACCAUACCAUAGAUUUUAAUCUGAGAAAAAUGAUUAUUUUCAUUGCAUUUGUUAUGCCGUCAUUCUUACAUUCUCACCAUAUUCAUUUUUACUUAGUCCAUAAUAGUAGUUGGCAAGAUCUAAGAAUCCUUGUUAACUAGCAUCGUCUGUGCCAUGUCAAAGUGCAGGAAUGGCUGUUUUACAUUUAUAUAUACACACUACUGGUAAGCCGGCUGGAUUGACAGGUUGAAAUUUUUUUUUCCUGUAAAUGUGACUUCUACAUGUUCUGUACAUUUUUUUUUUCCAUUUUACUCUUAUCCUUCCCUGAAUAUCAUUUAAUUUUCCACUUUGUCACAAUUUUUUUGUUCCUUGAUGUAUUUCAAAUUAAAUUUACCAAAAGGUGAUUUAAGCUUGAGUGUUGAUAAUUGCCAUAAUUUUAGAUUGUAACUCAAUUAUUCAACAAUUAAUUUCUUUGUUUUAAUACAUGUAUAAAUAAAGCAGAGCUGCUAGUUCUUUCUACCAAUCUUCGUGAUAUGUAUUAUUUCAUUGAUGAUUUUACUCAAAAUAAUGUAUGAUUGACAUUCCUGAUGCUACUUUCCAUUGUAUUUGUUAUUUUUUAAGGUGUAAUAUAUGUAUUUAUGAAGUAUCAGCCAGACUUUCAUUUACAGAUAAAUUUGAUAUUUCUAAAUAUGACAAGAAACAUGUAAGAAAAUUGCAGAGAGAAAUUUAAUUAUCAUUCAUAUUUUUCCAAAGAAGGUGAAAAGGACAUCUCACUUGAUGUUUUGGGGGAAUUUAUCAUUUCUUAUGAACAGCACUUAUGGUGUUUUCAUUUCAAUGUGAAAGAUACCCAAUAUACAUGAAAGGAUAAUGCGUUGAUUAAGGUAUUCAAAGGUAGCAAGGUAUGUAAUUCUCUUUGUAUACUUGACUUCAUAGUACAUUCUUACUGCCUAUACAUGAUUUUUGUUUGUUAAAUCCUCUUCAGUUUUCCAAGCUCUAUAUGUAUAUGAUUGUGAAUAGAUUGAUAAGAUUUUUUGUGAUUUUCAUGGGAAAUUUUAAACCAGCCUCAAAGGUAUUUUUGUUUUCAGCUUGGCAUUUGCUCAUGAUGUUUUAAAUGAAAAGAAGCUUGGAUUUUUAUAUCGUCAUCAUUUAUUCACAAAUUUACUCGGUUCACAUUCCUCUAUAUUCAAAAAUAUUUAAAUUGUGUUAUCCAUGUAUAUUUAUUAAGCUUUGACUUAAUUUACAAUUUGACCAGUUAAAUCCAUUCAUGGACCACAAAUA